CCAGUUUUUAUCCUGAAAACUAGGUUUCGUUUCCAGUGUCCUCUCGGGUUUGGGAAAGGACGGACGUGGUUUGUUUUCUCGGAGAAAAAAAGAAAAUGAAGGAGCUUCUCUUCGUCGCGGCUCUGGCUGCUCUCUGCUGUGCAGCAUUUUCCAAAACAUCCCCUCCAAAGGUUGAGGUGUACAGCCGUGACCCCGGCCAGUAUGGGAAGGAUAACACUCUGAUCUGCCACGUCAGCAACUUCCACCCCCCAGACAUCACCAUCCAGCUCCUGAAAGAUGAUGUUGAGCUCUCAAACCCCAAGCAGACCGACCUGGCGUUCAAACAGAACUGGCACUUUCACCUGACAAAGAGCGCUCCCUUUACACCAGAGGCCGGAGCCAAGUACACCUGCAAGGUCACCCACAGCGGCGUGGCCAAAGAUUACACCUGGGAGCCCAACAUGUAACCGUCAUGGAGGAAGACCCAGGCUGACCCCAGCUGUUCUGGACAGAUCUACAGCCUCAUCAUCUCUUCAAUCAAAGCAUCUGUUUUCUCACUUCAAUUCUCACAAGCAUAACGUCAGCUUUACAGGUGGUGGUCAGUCUUCACAUUAUGUUGUAUGAUGAUUUGUAACUAAGUGUUUUGUUCAAUUUGCUGUUUUUCACGUCUGUGUGAGAUUCCAAAACUUUAUUUCCUGUUCUUUGUUUAACUUGAAUAAAUUAAGUUGUUUUCCUAACAAGAAUCGAUUUGUGGCCAAACUGUAUUGUGUGCUCUGUAUUUCAUCAUUAUAAAUUGAUUCAUCAACAAAUUGUUUUCUAAGGUUUCUAAUAAAUGUCUGCCUUUUGGAAUAGUUUUGGCAUCACUAAGGAGCAUCUUCAAUUCGAUUUGAUAUUGGAACAUCUGAACAUCAAACAUAGAUUUGAGAGCUUUAAACACAGCUAAAGUGAGUUUUGAUCACAGGUAAUGCUAGCAGCUGUUUGGGGUUUUUUGCUAACUUAAAACAGACUUUGUUGAGAUUUAGUUUAGGAGACCCCAAAUGUGUAUUUGAAUAUAUCCCACUUUUCAUGAACUCUGCUGCUGAUUUGUUUGUACAAGUUUGGACCACAAGGAAAAUCCUUGAAUGACAGAAAAUGUCUUCUGUAAAAAAAAAAUUAAUAAAUUAAAUGAAAAAAAA